CCAUAUUGCCAUAUGUCUACCAGUUUUCGCCGAAUGUUACCACGGACAGUCGCGUAUGUUGUACAUACAUCGUUAUAUUAACACGACUUUACCGUUGCUUACAAUGUCAUGGAUCUCUAAUACAUUCUGCUAAUACCAAUCUGUCAAACUGGCGUCUAAAAACCAGAAAAUACCAGCCAUGGGCAGAAGCGGGGCUAAAUUGGCGCCAAAACAUACCGGUAAAAGUAGCAAAUCGUCCGUAUCCUCCUCAAAACCAAAGCCUACUUCAUCCAAACUUCCCACGAUAACUCCAUCAACCUCAAGCAAAGCGUUACCACCUUACAAUUCUGGAAAGAAUAAAUCGUCUACAUCCUUUGGUGUAAUAUGGCUACCAAUUAGGAAACGAAGCAAACACAAAGAUUAUGUGUACAACGCCUAUAAACCAAAUGACCAAAAUAAAGAACGUGCGCCAUCUAUGUACAAUAUGAUGUCUGGUGACUCUUCAAAUAAUCACACCCUUCCAAAGAUGGAUGAGGAGUCCGUCAAGGAUAAAGGACCGGUCGUUUUGGGUGGUGUAACAACGGCGGCCACUUUGGAUCGAGAACUAUCUGAGACAGAUGACACUUUGGAAAACCCUUUCACAGAGGACAAAGAAGCAGCUGGUGACGCAGAAAGCACUCACGGCAGUGAUCUCUUGAAUGAGGAAAAGUCGAAGGCAAGUGUCAAUGAUAAUGUGGAUAGUGUAUUCUUAAGGCCACCUCCAGCAGGUAAAGUCCGAUCAACACCGUCAACGCAAGAAGAAGACAGUUGUGGUAUAAAAUGUUUGUUCUACACAUUGCAGUGUUGUGAUUGCGUACUUAUGUGAUUUGAGGCGCUAAACGUACGUAGUAACGUAGGGUGAAGGGCUCGGUAAGUGUGGAGCUUAAUAGCUUAUGAAAAACUAUGUUAGUUCUAGUUUAUAUUUCGUCGUUAAUGAACUUAUGUAUCGUCAAAUAUUCGUGUAUGUAAG